CGUCACCAUUGGAUUUGAAGCGGGAAAGAGGCGAUGGAAGAGCGACUUAUAAAGUUGAAUUUCUCCAUCAAAACAUUGUUUAAUAUCUUCCCAAAUAGACAACUCCAUGCACACACUGCUAGUGUGUAGAUUAUUCUCGUGAAUUAACGAAGUUGUGUGAGGUAUGAUGAGCAGAGCAGCUGACCGUGUCUCUGUUUGUUUGACGGCUACAUAUGAUGACUUCCUGGGACGUAUUUGUCAAAAUAAACAUGUUUUUAUGAGUGAAAGAGAAUAAGAUGAAGCCAAGACGCACCCAGAGGCAUUCAGGGAAAGGCCUUGUUACUGGAGGUGAUAAGGCAACACUGAGCCAAGCCAAGCCUGCUCAAGUCAAACCUUUUGCUGGGAAAGUGUUUUACCUGGAUCUGCCAUCUAAUAGAGUAGCAGAGUCUUUGGAAGGGGACAUAAAGGAACUUGGAGGGAUUGUGGAGAAGUUUUUUAGUAAGGAAAUAAAGUAUCUGGUAUCCAACAAGAGGGAGGCUAAAUACGUGCAUUGCCUCAGACAGGACUCUCCAGUCCCCAGCCCAGACUCUGCACAGAGUUCUCCUCACCCCCGCGCCAACCCGCCUCGGCCUGGCAGCCAUGGAGACAGCAUCAAAUGCAAGUCUCAGGGCCAAACUGACACAUUUGUUAAAAGUAGGGGGAAGUCUUUGGUGGAGAAAGUGGUGAAAGAGCAGGAAAGGGUACAGAUGAACAAGAUUCUGUCAAAUGCUUUGGAGUGGGGUGUGAAAGUCCUUUACGUAGAUGAUAUAUUAGCCUAUGUUCGGAAGAGAAAAAGGACUGUCAGCGGCCAGCAUCCUGCCACCACUGCUGUAAAAACAAGUUUACACUUGCGGGCCAAAGUUGAGACAGCAGCAAAACACAGCUUUCUAAAAUUGAAAGGAGGAAGGAUCAGUAAACCGUUCAUGAAGGUUGAGGACUCGAGCAGACACUAUCGUCCAAUCUACCUCACUAUGCCAAACAUGCCUGAGUUCAACCUGAAGACUCUUCCUCCCUGUAGUCCCUUCUGUGUCGAGGACAAGGAUCCUCCUGGGAACAAACAGCGAGGACACAGUGAAGAGCCAGUACACGUCCGAAAGAAGAACAGAGACAAGAAGCGAAGCGGCUACUGCGAGUGCUGUUUGGUCAAAUAUGAGAACCUCACAACGCAUCUACAGAGCGACCGCCACAAGGCUUUCUCAAAGACUGACGAAUAUCUAGUUGUGGACAGACUGGUUUCAAACCUUCCCUGCAACUUAUUUCACAUCAAACCUCAAGUAAAAAGGCCCAAGUGCAGUGUUUCCUCUUUUCUGGUUGCUCCUGGACCUUGUGGGAAAACGGAGCUAAGGCGCGAGGGAGAUCUGGAUACCUCAGAGAUUAUUAAAGAAGAGCAGCAACAGACUGAUGAUGGCCGCAAGGGAUCUAAUUUAGGACACAUUUUAAAAAUGAAAUCCCCUCCUGCCCCUCUGAUUCACAAAGAGAGAGACAGACGGACUUAUGGCACUCACUUGGGCAGAUCCAAGCACAAACCUCUUGCACGUAAACGGCCGUGCAGACAGACUUCAUUGACUUCUUGCACUCAGAAAGCUGGUAAGGCUGAAAUUUCUCGGCCCGGUACAGAAACAGCACCCUCUAGAGGUGACAUUACUGCCCCUGCUGCCUCUGGAGUAUCUCAGGUUGACCCAGUGGACCGAAUAAUAAUUCAAGAUGAUAACAUCCUAUCCUCUCACGUCUGCUCUAUGAACAAGCAUGAAGUUUGCCUCAGUGUAAUAAUGCAUCCUGAGGAGUCGGAUAAGAAGCAGGAAUCAUCCCUUUGUGAGGCUGUACAAAGUACAGUAACUGAAAACAACUCUGAAGAAGCAACUCCUCCCACAGAAAACUUUCCUCCUGUUCAGAAAAUACAGAGGAGGGUCAAAGUUUAUAAACACAAAAGAAGGAAAGUGGACACUCUUGUGAAACAUGUAAAGCCAAGUGACAUUCCUGAUGACUCCAUGCUGAAACUUUUUCAGUCAAGUGAUAACAUGGAGGUGGAAUUUCUCGGGUUUUAAGGCUUGGCAAAGGAAAACAAAUUACCGGUAGCUUCAGGGAAAAGCGAUUGUUACCUACUCGAUUUCAAGAACCACACCACAGAUUGUGGCAUUGACUCUGCAAGCCUAGACCUAGAUCUUUUUGGUCUUUAAACAUAAGUUUAAUACAGUGUGAGUAAACACACUGUACUAUUUUUAUUUGCAGGGUUUGUAUCAGAUGUAAAGCAGCAGCUGAUUUGCUGAGGUUUAAAGCAUUGAGAUGUAUAACUUAAAAGAGGUGAACUAGAAAACAGCAAAACAUAUUUUGUGCUUACUAAAGCUAAAAUGUUUGAAAAUAUAAAACAAUGUGAUAUUUUGACUGUUUUUUUGAAAGGCCUUUAUUAUCACAUUUCAGUAACAUCUAUUGUCUUUAUCUAAAUCUUCUCUGGGAUGGGUAGAAAUCAAAUUAGGAGAAUUGAUAACUGGUCAUUCCUUUUACAUUCAGCUGCUGAUAUUUACAUUAACACUGAAAAAUGUAGAGUUCUGCCUCUAAACUUAAAUGAGUGCCAAUUUAUGUGGUCAUGUUUUUUUUUUGUAUAAGGUAAUUGUCUUUGUGACAUGUCCAUAAAUAAAACAAAUGGCAACUAAUAACGGCAGGUAAAUCCAAAGGCCCAUCUCAAAAUAUUAACAGGACCUUUUUUUCCUUUCAGUUCUGAACAAAAACAAGCACUGUAUUUUCAACAGCCUGUGAACAACUUAAAUAUUCUGUGUUACUCAAUGAACUUUUACAAAAGUGCUUUUGUCAUUUAACUGUUUCUGCAUGUGGUCUGAAUAUUGACUGUUCAGAUAAAGCAUUAGAAUAAGGGAGAAGGCAGCUGUAGUCAUGAUGUUUUGCAUGUUUACACAAUCGUCUAAAUGAAUCUUUACAGACAGGGGGAACUCAUUGUAUGUAUGAAAUACAUAUAGUUGAUCCAUCUACUGAUGAGAAUGACCUGCAGGUUGGCUGUGUGGUACUUGGCAUUAUGUAUGACAUUUUUAGGAGUCUUCCUAAGUGCACUUUAAUGACCUGCCUUCUUGCGCCUUUUCUGAUGCAUUAGCUCAACUUCACCCUUUUCUCCCCGCGCUUAGUGCAUUAGCCCGGUGCCCUUGUUUCCUCACUGUCAAAUGGAUGCACUGUGUCAAAAAGGGAGUCUUUGCCAUUGGCAUCAAAAGACAAAACAUUGUGUUCCAAUGCAAAUGGACAGCAGUAGAGCAGCAAAGGAAAAGGGAACACUGAUUGCUUGAAGAUGACUUUAUUGUCUUCAGUUGCUCAACAUACCAAUACUUUCUCUAAUUCCUGGCGGUAAAUGAAGAGAAUUUUGGUUUUAGACUAUUGCUUAGAAAAAUAAGCAUUUUGUCACUUACAGUGUGAUAAAUAGUGAUGGGCAAUUGUCACAUUUUAUAGACUGAACUAGUUGCAGCCCUACCUUAAAAACAACCUUAUAAAAGUCAAUUGUCCAAAGUGUUUUGUUUUUUUGUUUCUCCUGGUGGCUGGUGUCUUUUCUGCUUACACACUUACACAAUACUGUACACAUUUGAUCAGACCUUGUCUUACUUGUCCUUAUAAGUCUUAAAACGGAUGUCACUGACAACAUGCAAACUAUGAAAGCCCCAAAUCUGGUUGUGGGAUUUUAGUAAUUAUGUUUUUUUUUUGUUUGUUUGUUUCAGUUAUCUCGCUUAAGGUUUUCUAAGGAAUAGAGCGUUCCCUGAAUGUAAAUUGUCUGGUGUCCGUCCACAAUAAAGAUGAACUGGCUCUAAAA